CUCUGAAGCUGAACGCUCAGUGAAUAUCUAGCGUUUGGUUCGGUUUACGCUGUAUUUCGUCACUAGAGUUAUGACAAUAGUAUCUGCUGAAUCCUUGGUAAAAUAGUGAUUUUGAGGCUAAUUCCGCCAUUGUUGUUUUAAGUCGCUCUUGUCACUGUUUUGUUGAUGAUCGGUAAAAUUUAAUGUGCGUUGGGCGUUCGAAAACAUUUGCCAGUUGUGUCUUGUAAAGUGUUGUGGAAGUGUAUCAUUUCCUGUGCCAUAUCGUACAGAAACAAGGAACUGCGAAUGCUAGCAAACUCUUGUUAUCACAAGCGCGCCGACUCUUAUCGUAGUGCGCCUCGCCUUGGCUGUCUAUAUAGCCGGCGGGGAAAGUUAACAGAGAAUGACAGCAGUGAAACAUAUUAUAGUGAUUACUUGUGCAGUCACGCAGUGUUAAAGUGAAGUGUGGUCGUGUGUUACAUAAGGCCGGUAUGCUCGAACCUGGGAGCCCGCCCUGACGCGUUUGCCACCGCCGUCCGUGGCGGGCGACGCUCUAUGUCAUGGCCCCGGCGCUCACUGUGGCUCCAGAAAUACUCACCUACGACGAGGUCGUGGAGACUGAGAAACGACGGGCGCUCGCGUCCGUCAAUAACCUCUCUUCACACAUGGAGGAGGAUGACAUGGGCCUGCAGAACCAGCCCAGCUUGGCCAAGGACUCACAGGAGAUGGAACAGAUCCUAGUUGACCUAGGUAAUAGUGACAUAGGCCAGACUGAUUUACUCCAAGCUAUCAAGACAUUAGAGAGUGGUGGUGAUGGUCUAUCAACAGAAGAACCUGAUGCCAUAUUCCCCCUGUCUGGUUUUGAUCUUGCUGAAGUUGGAGAUUCAGAAAGUGAUGCUGCUGAAGAAAAAAUAAAGUCGACACAGUCAAGAUUAGAACGCCGAUCUGCAUUUCUGUUGCGAAGAUUAAGAAUUUUACAAGCAAGAUCAAUCGGCAAGAGAAUAUCGGAAGAAGCAACUCAAACAUUUGAAAGUUGUACACGUGGGGCACGAAAAGAUGGAGUUGGGAGGAAAAUUGGUGUUAAAGCAUUUAUAAAGAAAGUAGAGACCACAGCAGCUUUACAGGCCAGUGCAGCAUCAAGAAGUGUACCGGGGCCAUCAUAUUACAAUGCUGGAAGCUCAAAAGGUGAUGUGUCAAAAUCUUCGUCAGUGGGCAUUGCAUCAGGAACCUUAACUGGAUUGGAGGACACAGCGGGUGCUUUGAGAUCUCACUUGUCAAUAGUGAAACACCAAUUGGAUUCAGAUGCUACAGCAUCAUCUUCAGGGGCCGAAAGUAAUGAUGAGGCAGUACCAUACACUAAUCAAACUCAGCAGCACAUGCCAAUUGAGAAGCGUGCACUGUGGUCAUGGCAGAGGAGACGCGCCUCCAUUGCCUCGCGCUGGGGUUGGCUGCAGGCCCAGGUGCAAGAGCUGGAGUACAAGAUCCGCCAGCACAAUGAUCUACAUACACAGUUACGAGAAGCGAAGGGGCGUGUUGAGUUUGAAGGCGAGCCGGUCGGCUACGAAGGAAGCUUGCCUGGUGACGACGACGCUUGCACGUGCGCCCGGGUCCGACCGCUUCGGAGGGACACCUUCAAGAAGAGGAAACUGUUGCAGAUGCACAACCUGCAUCUUGCCAGCACCAAAGCAGCCAAGCCAUCAGAUAUCAGGUGCCGCUGUCAGUACGGUGUCGAGAGCUGCGCCGUGUGCACCGGGCGCGGGGCAUGCACGGAGCCCGAGCCGCUCGCCGAGCCGCCGUCGCGUCGUGUGGCUCAGCUACUGCCCACGUACCAUCCCGUGCUCAGCGACGCUCACGAUAUCCCCCCAUCAAUACACAUGAGUGCGCUCAUCUCGCGGCCCUGGUUCCGCUCGCGGCUCAAGUCGUACCGCGGCGGACAUCACUCGGCGCCCUCCAAGCACCACGCCGCCAGCGACAAUACCACCAGCACCGUGCAGAAUCACACCACCAAUACAAAAGAGAAGAAACGUACCAAAUUGAAGCGCGGCAGACCUCCGCUGUCUCGGAAGAUUCAGGAAAGGGAAAGAGAUGAUGACACAUCCACAUCGGGUCCUGAUAGACGCACGUGGCGCGCUAGCACUGAGUCUCGCGGCGCUCGCCGGCCCUCGUUCGACAUCGACAACAUUGUGAUCCCGCAGAGUGUGGCCGCCAAUACGCGCCCGGAGAUACUCAACUACAAGGAGAUCCUGACGCCCAGAUGGCGAAUACUGGACCUCCCUGUACUAACACUGAACAACGGUAUAUCAAAGUGUAACCAAAUGUCUGUUCAGGAGAUUAAAGAGAAUGAGGACAUGUCCGAACCGACGUUGACAGGCAGACAUACUCGCGCUCAACACCGCGAGUGGCUGCGGUACGCUAAGAAAAAACGCUCGCGACGUGCCAACAAGGAUCAACAACAACAACAAGAAGUAGUGGACGAGCAACCUUUGAUACUUCAGGUGGACGAACAACACACAGAACCACAGAUACAGAAGGAAUCACAUUCCUCGCCCGCUAGAGAGACGUCAGGGCGGCCGUACUCGCCGCGUGACUUCCCGCUGCUAGACGAUAUGUACCGGGAGAUGCUGUCUGUGAUGCCGGAGGACCACCAGCCCAGCAGUCCCAAGCCGUCCCUGCCGGUCGACCCGGAGCCAGAACCUGACGACAGCAGUACGCUGUCUCCCAUGUCUCCACUGAUCUUCGAAGGAGACGACCCCGACGAUGACGAGUGGAACCCUGCUCUCCUUAAGGAGCGAAGGAAACCCUCCCUCAAAUAGUCAAGUAACUUUUACAAGUAUGUCCCAGGAAUACGGGCGCAGUGCGUUGCGAUCGGAAUCUUUUGAUGCAUUACAAUUUAGAUCGUACUCUCAUUGUUACGAAAAGAUGAUACUGAAUCAUGUCAAGUAAACCUACCAUUUGUCAAUGUGAUGGUGUAUAUCUGGCAUGUUCUGUCACUAGUUCGCCGAUUAUUUAUGAGCAUCAAGCAAAUCAGUCUAUCCCUCACAAAGUGUUCAGACUUCAGAGAGAUAUCAAUAUUUUGCAAACUUUUGACCUAUAUGAAAAAAAACAUUGAAAAUUUUCUGUGUUGUGCUAGUUGAAUUGAUUGAUGAUUGAAGCAUACAUUGAUGAGAACUUUGUGUCCAAGUGUUGGCAAGUGUCAUAUUUUUUAUCAUUUGUAAUAAUAUGAACGAUAUUUCAUAAUUAAUUGAGAGUAUAAUUGAUACUCUUUGAGACACGCACUUAUGUAAUAUCAUCAAAAAAUGUUUUUACUAAAUAUAAUAAAACCAUUUUUGUUUCCAUUUAUGAUAUGCAAAAUAUGCUUGAUUUUAAUGCUAUUUAAUUAAGCCAAUCAAUUUAAUAUUAAUUUUUGUUAAUUCUUCAGAUCAGCUAUUGUAAUUUUCUUUUUUUUUGUCUUGCGCGUGUGUCGACUGUUGGAUCCUGUGAUAAGUAAUCUUAGUUUCAUGUUAGAAUCUGUUAAACAUUUUUAUUUAAAGCUAAGAAGAAGAGUAUCAAACUGAAAUUCAAUACAGAAAGGAUGAUGAUAUGAAACACAGUUAGUGUAAUUGUUUAAAUGUGUUAAAAUUUAGUUUUUAAGGUUAAACAGCCAUUCUCACUUGAUUUUGCAAAUUUUUGAAAAAUGACAAAUUAUCUACUGGAGGGGGGACUGUAACAAAAAAAUUACAACGUUUUUGAAUUCUUUUAUAUUUUAACAUAACGACAAUUAGUAAUGGGGCGACGACACGACCUAAAUUAUGUAUUAAUACUACACUUUUGAUGAUAAUAAAAUGAGAAUUUGUUCUGUUGUUGGGCUUAAGGGGUUCACCAUUAUAGGGUUACGUCUAUACUCUAAUAUAAUCUUGGAGCAUGUUUCCUGUUAAAAGGCGGGUGUUUAUGUAUGUUGAUGUGCAUGAUAUAACUAUGUUAUGAUAAAAAUUCUGGUAUUAAAGACAUGUUCGUUAGUUUUUAUUUGCGUAACUGGGCUAUCCCAUUACUGGGCAAAGGCCUCCCCUGUUUAACUCUAUUUAUCUCAUUCCUGUGCCAGCUGAGACCAGGUCUUACUAUAGGCAUCUUAGUUUUUAUUAUUUGAUACUACAAGAUGGCACACAGGCAGACAACAGGGCCAAAGUAAUAGAUUUCUUGUAUGUAAAACCCUCCCUUAGGUACAAUAUCUUGAAAAGUGAUUUUUGUUGUAGAUUUUUAGACAAAGAUUUUUUUUUUAAUAUUUAGUUUAAUAUCUUGUAAUCUGCCUAAUCACUUGGCAUUUAGCUAGAGAUUAAUACAGUCCUAAUUAGUCUUGAAAUUGUGACCAAUCCAUUUUCUUAAUGAUAUGUAAUAAAAUAUUGAGGUUUUGAGUAAGACAAAGUAUGCGAACAUUGCAUUAUCGCCUUUAUUAUAUGAAAUGACAGAAUAACUAAAUUGGACUAAUUAUUUAUAAUAAUUAAUCAACUGUUAAAAAUAUAUAUUUUGUAAGUAGAUGUCUCUGAAGUAGAUAAUAAUUGUUUGUCAUUUACUUUACAUUGGUUGAUCAGAAGAGAUACUUCAACUAUCAUUUUUUUUAAAGAAUGAUCACUACAACAUAGCUUUAUUAGUUAAGGAUUAUUUAUAAGUUAUAAGGCUUUGUGUAAAUUAUUCCGUGUAAUAUGGCGCCGACAUUCCUUAGUGCUGUUGUAAUAUUUAUAUCCUAUCAUAUAUAUAGUUGAGGUGCCUUCUGUGUGUGUGUGUUUGUGUACUGCAUAAAAGUCAUAGAGCGUGCGUCUUCAUCCAAGUAUCGUGAUAGUCGAGUUAUUAUCGUGGCUAUAUUGGUCGAUAUAAAAUAUUGUCAAAUGUAGUUAUAUUUUAAUACAAUAGGUCAGUUUCAUCUAUCAAAAUUUAACUAUGAAAGUAUGUUAUUUACAGUUUUUUUACCAAUAGAUAUACGAAUUCAGUACUCAUUGGUAAUAAAACACAUUAGAAUUAUUUAUAUUUUCGAAUUUAAAAUAACUGUUUUAUUAUAUGUAUGUCAUUCGACCGAAAACGUCGACCACCAUUUUGUGACGUCACUAUAGCAUAAACAAUCUGUUAUUAGCAACACACCAACGAUACGGACUAUGAAAUAUCAUUUUUAUUUUUAGAAACGUCAAUAUGGAUUGCACUGCACUUUAUUUUGACGUUUCUUUGCUUAUGUUAUUAUGACGUCACGUUAAUGGCGGCUCCCUAUUUGGCGCGACUGUUUAUCGUUUAACUUUAAAAACAACUUUUCUUAGGGUAAAGCGGAAUUAUUUUGAUGACAUAAAAAUUCCCGUUGGCUGCCAAAUGUUCGAAUACAUGUUAAAAAAUCGAAAAAUAGCCUAUACUAUAACCUUACCUCUUCCAUUAUAAUUGUUUGUAUAGCAAAAGGAGUCCCCAUUUAAUGAAGUUGUAACAUUAGAUGUGUUGUGUGUAUUCAUUCUCACAUUUUAUAACAGAAAUUAAAAAUUGUGUAGUGCUCGAAAAAGCUAGCAACUAAAAUACUUAUAUUUAGACCGAUUCAUUUAUACCAAAGCAUACUUAAUACAAAACAAAAAUGAAAAUAACAAGUUUACAUAAUUUGCCAAUACAAUCGAUUAACUUGUUUUUAUGUUUAUUAUCUAUUCAAAUAGAAAUAUUUUUUGGAUCACUUGUUGAAAAUUGACAUCCAUCAAAUAUAUUGGCCUUAGAACUGAGAAGAUCGGGCGCAACAAACUCAGCAGAACUUAUUACAAAUAGAAAACUUGUUUAUUUGGUGGUUAUGGCUAUGUAAGAUUUAUACACAAAUAAAAUUUAAUGAACGAUGCGGUAGUCGAACCCACGACCUCUCGCCUUCCGUGUGAGUGCUCUGCCAACUGAGCUAACCGUUCAGAGCUGAACGAGUCCCGCAUUGUUCAUAAAAUAUUGUUUUCAAAUUUUAUUUGUGUUUUAAUCCUAGAAGUGAGCGUUAUUUCUUUAAAAACAAAACAAAUUAUGUAAGAUAUGUUCGGGUAAAGUCCACUUCAGUCGACUAGGAGAGUGUGAUCAAACGGCAAAACUUACCAAAGUAAUUUAUACACAAUUAUACUUAGUUUAAAUAAAUAUUUAUCUUUGAUAAUAUUAACUUCGCUCGGCUGAAGUAUUCUCUUCUGUGGUGUGCUUAACACGUCAUUUUUUAUUUGUAUGAUGCUAUUGUGUGUAAGAAAUUUAAUAUAAGUCUUGAUUCUUAGUCAUUAAUUGAUUGAUUGAUGAUUUAUAUAACUGCAGAUUGAAUGAAUGCCUGCACAGUUGGAUUUAUUAAUGUGCUUAAGAAUAUUGAUAAUUUUGUUGUUGUAGUUACAUAGAACAUGCAUUUUGUUAUAUUAUAAUCUAUUUAUAAUUAUCUAUAGUAUUUGAUUGCCAUUGAUUGCACUUUCUUUAAAACUUUGUCAAACAUGAGCUAGAUUAAUUACAACUAUAUUAUCUAUCAGACGCGCGCUCUAAUUCUUAAUUAUGUCGUGUAUGUAUUUUAUAUUGUCUCAUUUAUCUCUGUUCUGAAUUGGUACCGCGCAAUAUAACAAUUGAGUUAUUGAGUGUAAACAAGGAUCUUGGCCUAAAAUGUUUAACAAUAAUACUAAUUCACUAUAUUAUUAUUAAUCUGUAGACAAGCUCAGUUCUAUUGAACCGCCAGCUGCGGUAUUAGUGAACGGAUCUGACAUAGAGACCUCAAAUUUCUUGUGACACUCUCGCCCAUUGUCAGUUUCAAGUCAUAUAGUACAAAUUAGAUUUGUGACCAAAAUUUAUGAACGAUGCGGCUCGGCGACUCGAACCCGCGACCUUUUGGGUUCCGUCCGAGCGCUCUUAAGAACCGAGCCAACCGUCCGAGUGACGCAUGGUUCGUAAAUCUUGGUAUGUCUUGUUCACCUGAGAGGUUGUGGCUCCAUCUACAGGAUCUACUUAACAGUUGAUAACCUGCUCAACCCCAAUAUUUGCAUAUUAGGAACAUGACUUGAGAUGUCGCUCUUUCUGAAAUCUAAACAAUUUGUUAUUUUGGUUACAAAUAUAAUGAAUCCUAGAUGAGUGUGUAGCCAACAUAUUCUUAAAAGGUCAAUGUUGUAUUGUUGCCACUAUUUAGCUAACUGAUUUGAGACAACUGCAAUAAUGUUAUUGCUGUGUGGUCAGUCACAUGUUGAUGUAAAACAUGAUUGAUGAAUGAUGAACAUUGAUGUUACAAUUUCAGGUCUGUGUUAGUCUUAUGAUAUAAGUAUUUCAUUGUUCGGCAUAUUGAAUGUGGGGUUUAGCCGAGUUUGUUUUGUUCUUCAAGUAUUAUAUAAGUAGCUAAGAGUUGUGUGCGUGCGUGAAUGCGUGUGUGUGUGUGAGUGCAAGCGCGACGCAUAGCGAAGUGUACACUGACCUCUACUAUAUACCACUGGACUGGCGGCUGUCAAAGUGCAUUUGUGCCUGUUUGAUAGUCGCCAUUUUAGCGCUGUUGGCCAUAUAGCGAGAGUCUGCGGAACUAAAACUAGUGAUGACAACCUCAGCUAAACAAACAUCAAUAGGAAAACUAUUUACAAAAAAAAUGUGUACUUUAUUACGUUGAUUCUUGAAGUAUAAAUAACACGGAAAAAUAACGAAAUUAAUUCAAAAUGCAAAAAUACUUCAGAGUAUUAUACGUCAAAAUUAGUUCUCUGGACGCCCGAGAGUGGCGCUUCAAAUAGGCACAAAAGAUUUGCUGUGAACAGUCUGUCCAGUGGUAUUUAUACAGGUCAGUGGUAGUGUAGAUAGCCAGCCCGCCGCCGGACGCGGGGCGCAGGGAACCUAUCACGUGAAUCUCUUAAAGAGUAUUCAUGUUCGACGACAUUAUAGUGUCUGAGAUCAUAAUUAACAUUUCACUUGUAGUAUUUUUCAAAUUAUAUGUGUGAGUGGUUCCUGUGAUUAAUAAGUAUACAUGUUUAUAUGAAAGGUGGAACAAAAAUGUUAAGAAUAUAUUGUUGUUAAUGCUCUUACCCUACAUUUAAGACUAACUCAGUGAGAUAAAAUGAAUGCAUAGAAAGAGAAACGCGGGCAGGAUCGGUAUGUCAUGAGAGGGAAUUACUGUGCCGCAAUUAUUGAAGAAUUAUAUACAUUUAGGUAUAUACCUAGUUCGUAUAAUCGUUAUAAUCAAAGCAGAAAUCCGUUGACCGUGAUAGCUGUCGGUAUUUAACAAAAAAUGUUGUCACAGCCGUUGUUGUGUUGCCGCUGGGUACCUUUGACCACCUUGAUACAUGUUAUGGAUAUAGCCAAAGAAGGGUUGGUACUGUGAGCAUAAAAUAUUUGGAAUUAUCUGUAGAUGUAAAAUUAUUUCUGAAUAAGUGCUUUGUUUAUUGCCCAUCAUCCAACACACUUUACAUUCAAUAGGGUGUUCCAAAACAGAUGAAAAACAAAUAUAAUUUUUAUACAAGUGACCGAUACCAAGCUGGUCCAUGUAUUAAAAUCAAAACUGUUAAUUUAUAGGAACCACCAGUAAUGAUACCUGUAAAUAUAUUGUUUCGCUCGUGUAAAUAUAUAUGUGAUACUAUGUGCCUCAUCGACCAUAUGGGUCGUGUUGGCUGUUUGAAACAAAUUCUGAAGCUCCUAAACUAGAAAACCAAUGUUAACAUUAAUUAGUUCACUGUUUUUUGUAUUCAAUAAUUAAUAUGUGUGAUGUUUGUGUAUAUUCUGUGGACUUUUGGUUAUAACGACGACAAAUUGAAUACAACAUCGUCACUGUACCACCGGCCCCAGAUUAUAUUGUAAUAUAUUUUACUGAUUUUAUAUGUUUCAUUACCAACUAUGGAAUGGUUUAUUAAGUAUACCUAAUUUUUACUACACGACAUAAUAUGCUAAAGUCAAAUCCACUAAAGGGGGUUUCAAAAUUAAUUAGUUUAACCUGUCAAAUAUAUUUUUUUAAUACAUUUGCUCAAAAAGUAUAAUUCCUCUUUGUGUAAAGUUAUUCUUUUCUGCGUGAGUGCUAUUUUUCUCCUGCACAUAACAUUCAAAAUACAUGGAGGAUGUUCUUAGUCAAAAAAAUUUCAAAAUCCUAUCAAACAAUGACAUUCUAUACACAUAUAAGGACAUAUUCGCAGUCUCACAGCGGAAAAGCAAAAGUGUGCUUAGAGACAAUGUAAGCAGACUUUUCUCCUUAAUUGUGUGUCAACUGUCACUGUCCGAAUCAAAUCUGAACUGAGUAAAUGUUUAACAUUGCUGCUUAUUGUCCAAAAUAUUUUAAACAACUGGAGUAAAUGCAGCAAUGUAUAGAUACAGCAGUUGAAACUUAUUAUGGUGUAAUUUGUGGCAUUUUCCAUAUUUUGGCUUUGUUUUCAUAUGACGUGAUUUGUCUGUGUAUAAAACAUUAUUGGUAUCAAAUGAAUAUUUUGCAGCGUAAAUAAUACGAGUUAUUUAAAAAUAUUUUCAUAUAUUUAUAAUGUUGUGUACAUAGAUAUGUAUUUUACAUAUAAUAUGUACAAUAGAAAUAAAUAACGCGAUCAAAAUUAAAUUAUUGUUAUGUGGCUUAUUGCAGAAAAACCGUUGCUCGGCCAUUUCGUUGUUUUAUUUUUGCAAAUGUAUUAAAAAGACUGAAUUAAAAUGAUGACCCAGGCCGAUGGGCCAACAAACCAGUAAAUGAUAUUCUUUCAACACAUGUAUUAUUGUCUGUCCAAAAUAAGUCUAAACAGCUCUGAGUUUAAUUUACAAUGUAAUAAUGUUACAGAAUUUGUUCUCAUUGUAUGAAUUAUUGCUUGUCAAUGUCUGUAUAUAGUUGAUGUGAAUAAGAUGAAGUGUUAUUUUAAUAAUUGUUUUAUAUAAUAAUAAUAGGUGCGGGUGCAGGCGGAGAAGCCAAAGUCUUCUUGUUAUGAAGUAACUUAGUUAAGGUUCACUGAUGGUUGGCAGAGAUUUGUAUUUGGAUGCAUGUUUAGUACGCAGAAUUAAAUUUUAUUGAUUAA